UGGAUGGAGGAGGUGCAGGGUUGAUAUACUCAGUCGCAGCAAUUUGGAGUCUCACUUCUGUCCUGCCCCCCCCCCCCACAUCCCACAGGCCCUUCACUACCACGUGUGACUCGUGUCCAUCGUCUCCACCGUCUCCAUCGUCUCCACCACCAUCCAGUCAUGUGUGAUGAUGAGGAGAGCACCGCUCUGGUCUGUGAUAAUGGAUCAGGUCUCUGUAAGGCCGGCUUCGCUGGAGACGACGCCCCCAGAGCCGUGUUCCCCUCCAUCGUGGGCCGGCCACGCCACCAGGGAGUGAUGGUGGGUAUGGGACAGAAGGACAGCUAUGUAGGAGACGAGGCUCAGAGUAAAAGAGGAAUUCUGACCCUCAAAUAUCCCAUCGAACACGGAAUCAUCACCAACUGGGACGACAUGGAGAAGAUCUGGCAUCACUCAUUCUACAACGAGCUGCGAGUCGCUCCAGAAGAACAUCCCACUCUGCUGACUGAGGCUCCUCUGAACCCUAAAGCUAACAGGGAGAAGAUGACACAGAUCAUGUUCGAGACCUUUAAUGUUCCGGCCAUGUACGUUGCCAUCCAGGCCGUCCUGUCGCUGUACGCCUCCGGACGCACCACAGGUAUCGUGCUGGACUCUGGAGACGGGGUGACCCACAACGUUCCGAUCUACGAGGGCUACGCUCUCCCCCAUGCCAUCAUGAGGUUGGACCUAGCGGGUCGCGACCUCACCGACUACCUCAUGAAGAUCCUGACGGAGCGCGGCUACAGCUUCGUCACCACAGCUGAGAGGGAGAUCGUCAGAGACAUCAAGGAGAAGCUCUGCUACGUAGCUCUGGACUUUGAGAACGAGAUGGGGACGGCGGCGACAUCGUCGUCUCUGGAGAAGAGUUACGAGCUUCCAGACGGACAAGUGAUCACCAUCGGCAACGAGAGGUUCCGCUGUCCAGAGACCCUGUUCCAGCCCUCCUUCAUCGGUAUGGAGUCAGCAGGUAUUCAUGAGACGACCUACAACAGCAUCAUGAAGUGUGACAUCGACAUCCGUAAAGAUCUGUACGCCAACAACGUGCUCUCCGGUGGGACCACCAUGUACCCGGGUAUCGCAGACCGCAUGCAGAAGGAGAUCACGGCUCUGGCCCCCAGCACCAUGAAGAUCAAGAUCAUCGCCCCCCCAGAGAGGAAGUACUCGGUCUGGAUCGGCGGCUCCAUCCUGGCCUCUCUGUCCACCUUCCAGCAGAUGUGGAUCAGCAAGCAGGAGUACGACGAGGCCGGACCCUCCAUCGUUCACCGCAAGUGCUUCUAGAGGGACCCGGUCUACAGAGACCUGGUCUGGGUGUCCAUCUUCUUCCAGCGCCCCCCCCCCCACACACACACCCCCAUCUUAUUUUAACCCUCACUGAUGACGAGCUAACCAGAUCCCAGAUCAGAUCCAAGCAUUCAACAAGAGGCAAACAUUUUUUUUUUAUUCUGACGGCUCGUUAAAAGGAAGUGAUGUCAUCGUUUCAGAAUCUCCAACCCCCCCAAACAUCCUCCUGUGCUCAUCUUAAAACUGUGAAUGUGCCGCUUGUCCUCGAUCUUUAACCCCCACCUCCCCCUCGCUCCACAUGUGGCCCUGCCCCCUUUCCCCGUCCUCCAUGUUUGUUUGUUGUCAAAGAAGAGUGUUUUUAUUUUUGAUGAAUAAAGCCUGAAUGUGUCCCGCUGGUGUUAUCUUCCAUCGUUAUCCAGCACAUUCGCAGUAUAGUGAUGAUGUCACACAGUGUAAUGAUGAUGUCACAGCUGUAGGUCAACAGGAGGCGUGGCUCCUGAACAUGGUGCUGUCUGUAAAGAAGUGAAGUGUGUGAUGGGAGGUCAACAAUAUGGAAGUGACAGACGAUUGCCCCAGGAAGACAAUAAAGAGCUCUCAUACAAGA